GAAAGCUUCAAUGUGGGCACUCGUCCCGUCGCGUCGCACCGUCGACUGUGUUGUACGUGAAUUUGCAUAGAAAUUGGUUUUUGAAUUAAUUGUAAUUAUUGCUGUGGCUGUUAAAUAGUUUUGUGAGUUGUGUUGUGGUUUGUUUAGAAGGUACAUUAUGACGAAACUGAAGAAACUUAUACAAUGAAGAUUAGUGACUAAACUAAUUGUAUUAAUGUUGAAAGAUAUGUAGAUUGUGUAGGUUGUGCUAGAAAAUAAAAUGUGAUCAUAAACAGUUGUAAUUUAUCAAUCAAAAUGAGGGUGCUGGAAAACGUCGUGUUGAUAGUCCUGAUUUGUAUGGCGCUGUUAUUAGUUGGUACGGCGAAUACGCUGAAAUCCCUACAAAUUCACGUUCCGAAAGCUGUCCUCAACGGGCACAGUGCGGAACUAAUGUGCUCUUACGAAUUGGAAGGAGCUCAACUCUAUUCGAUUAGAUGGUAUAGAAAUAUGAUAGAAUUCUACCGCUAUGUGCCGAAGGAAUCGCCUGCUACAAAAGUGUUUCCCGUGGCUGAGAUCAAAGUUGACGUCGCAAGAUCGGAUCAGAAUCGAGUGGUACUUACAGAAGUGGACCGGACUUUGACCGGGGAGUACCAGUGUGAAGUAUCAGCUGACGCCCCCCUUUUUCACACGGAUAUUAAGGCGGCCGAAAUGGUGGUAGUAGAACCACCUCUGAUUGGUCCGAAUAUUACGUCAGACAGGAUGACGUAUGUCGGUGGUGACCAUAUUCAUGCAAACUGUUCGUCACCACCAUCACUACCAGCUGCAAACAUCACGUGGUACGUGAAUGAACAGAUGGUACCUAGCUUCACAGCAAACCAUGUGACAAAUUUUAGCAAUGGUUACGCUUCAAGUCUUUCAAGUUUGGAGUUGGAAACAGCUGUGCUAUCGCCAUUACCAACGCUUGUUCUACGGUGUGAAGCUUCGAUAUUUGACGUAUGGCAGUCGAUGAGCCAUACACUUGUCCUUCGGGAGAGAAAUGCUAACCCUGUGUCAGCAUUAGGAAGAAGUUUGACUGGUGGUGCUACCAAGGUCUGCAUACCCACGAUUCUUGUUCUUAUAUUACAAGUAAUUUUACAAUUAACAUUAGAAAACUGCACGGAGACUGCAAUCAGAUAGCUGAAUAACUUGUUUGCCUAGAAUUGUUAUUUUGAAUUUAAGCUUAGAGAAUUCCAGGGUCGUUGUAAAAAUUAUACUUGAAAUCAUUGCCAUGCCUUGCAUCUAUGAUUUGUUACUGUAGUAAUUUUGGUUCAUUUUAGUCUCACGUACGCUCACUAAUAUUGAUAUAUGACUUAUUUACAACCUACUUAUCGUAUGCUUGAUAAGUAGUUAACAAUCAGUUUUGUAUUAAAAGUAUUUGAAGUGAAAACUUCCUUAAUUGCGCUGAGCACAUUAUUUUGUGGGUAUUAAAUGAGACUGAGGCAUUAAGCUCGGCUAAUAAAAACUCAGUGAAAAUAGUUAUAUUUAGAAUUAUGUAUUGCAUUAAAAUAAAAUACUUUUUAAAGUACAGUUAGUCCCCCCGAAAACGUCAUAUGUAAAUAUCAGGAAACAUUGAUAUAAAUGAAAUAAUAAUGUAAAUGUAACUUUUACACACGAACCUAAUGUAUAUAGUUACAAUUACACCCGUUUAAAUACUUUAAAAAGUAUUUUAUUUAAAUGUGUAGCACUCGCGUUAAUCACAGAAAAUACUAUUUGUAUUGAACGUCGUUUACUAUUAUUCAGUAUUGUAUUAUUUACUUCGGUUUGAUAAAGUUUUCACUUCUGUUUAUGUAGAAAUGUAAAGUAACUUACGAAGGCCACGCAAUAAGUUCUCACUUUUUAGUAAGUUUUGUACGCUUUGUAUAGUACACAAAAAAAACCUUUAAACGAAAUUUUUUGAACGAUGCGGGACUCGAACCGGCGACCUCUCGCGUUCCGUGCGAGCGCUCUUUCUAACUGAGCCAACCGUUCGAAUGACGUAUUGUUGAUAAAAUCUUUGGGUGAGCAGGUUAUCAACUGUAAAGUUUAUCCUGUAGACGCCUGAGACCUGAGAGUUGAACAAAGCAUACAAGAUUUUAGCAACGAUACGUCAAUCGAAUGGUUGGCUUAGUUGGAAAGAGCGCUCGUACGGAACGCGAGAGUUCGCGGGUUCGAGUACCGCAUCGUUUAUAAAAUUUUGUUUUCAGUUUUAUUUGUGUAAUUAAUCCCAGAAGUGAGAGUAUCACUUUAAAACCAUAACAAAUUACUUUGUAUACUUAAAAUACCCAUAGUUACAUUGUACAUAAUAAAUAUGAUUUGGUUGUUAAAAAUCUUAAGCUAGAAUCAUGGUUUGUUAGAUAUUAUUUGAAUAAAAUGAAAAUAAAGCUGUGCUAUUUUGAAAUUAUGAAUUCUGUUGGUUGUUGUCUGAAAUUUUUUUUUUUGUUAUAAGGCCUUGUUAUGUACCUUGAAAUAUACGAAAGCCUAUUUCGGGUUAUUAUGAAUUUCGUCUGGUAACGAGACUUGUUUACAAAUUUCACAUUUGGAGUGCAAAUCAGACGGUUUAGUCUCACUUUGUAAAUUUACAUGCUUGAAGUUAAUAAGUGAUACGCGUCAAUAAUGUACUCAGUGGAGGUGAUAAUCUACAGUCAGUGAGCCGUUGUCUGCAAUGUGAAAUGCCCGCUUAAUAACCAUUUAAAUGUUACCAAUUAUUCUUGUUCCUUUUAGGUACACUAAGGCUACGAUUUCCAAAAAAAGCACUAGUUAUAAAUUUGUUAUAAUGUUUAAAUAAUGGCUGUGUUCUGUAUUAUAAUAUUGUAUGUAUGAAUAUGACAACAGUAUAUUAAUAUUAAAAUUAUGACUGGUUUUUCGAAUAUACUUAUAAGAAGAAAAUAGUAACAUAGUUUCCCAUUAAAAACUAAACAAAAUUAUAUUUGAAUGGAGAAUAAUAUGUUCAAGUUUUUUAAAGAUUUGUCCAUUAAUUAUAACUACAGAAGAAUUCAGUACAGUAGGGUAUAUGGAUUAGGAGAGAAAUCAGGAUUAAUUAACAAUAAUCAGUUAUUAAAACUGAAAUUAAUAAGAGUUUCUCGUGUUGUGCAUCAUUUAUUAUCCACAAUAUUCUUCAUUCUUCUAGAAAUCUAUAUGUAGUAAAUAUAACUGUGGGACAGAAAAGUCCGCGAAUGGCUACCACGUACCGGAAGACGUGUUGGUAAAUGGUUAUGUUGGUAAGCCCCCCACAAGAUGGACCGAUGAUCUGUUCAAGUUCGCCGGAAUACGUUGGAUGUGGGCAGCACAGGACCGAUCAUCGAGGAGAUCUUUGGGGGUCGGCCAGCAGUGGACGUCUUCCGGCUGAUGAUGAUGUUGAUAUUUAACUUAAUAGAAAUAUACUUAAAUGAAUAACAAUUAAAUUGAAUGUUGAAUAUUCUAUUGUAUAUUAUAAUUAUAGUUUUAGAACCUUAAAAACAAUUCUGUUUAUCUUAUUUUUCUUAUUUAGUAAUCGCUAACAGGUCUUUCUUUUACCGUAUCAUUGCCUGUAAUUCAAAAUAUUAUAAAAUAUGAAAUACUAUUGAAAUAAAUCUCGAUAGAAAAAACAACACCAAGACAUACCGUUCCAUGAGGUUUAACUAGUCAUAAAUUAAUUUAAUUGAAAUUUAAUAUUGUUUACAAAUUUACCCUUGUUUCACACGUCUCAUAGACGGUGCCAAACUUAAAAUUUGCUUCUACUGGAUCGUUUGACUGUUACGUCACGAUGAGUGCAUUUGACUCACAGUUACACACUCACAAGCUAUAGACCCUUGAUCGUCUGAGAGACGAAUGUUUAUGAAUGAUUUUCCUCUUAGAUAUUAUGACUAGGAAUCUUGAAUUAAUCUUUAUAACAAAAUAUUUCCUUAUGUGAAAGGAGUUAAUGGCCACACGGUCAAGCCACAUCUACACCAAUUUAUUUUUUAUUAUAUGACCUUAUUUCGUUUAGUAGAAUUUAAAUGAUAUUUCUUAGUGAAGAGAAAGUUGAUUUCACAAUGAAAUAUGGCGUAGCUAUCAUUGCAUCUGAGGUACCCAAAAUGUAACUUGAAAACUUUCGAGUAAUCAGUCAUAUGUUGUAACUUGUAGAUAUAAAAUUAUACUACAAGUGAAUUGUAAAAUAGAGAUAAGUUGCGAUAUUAACAAUAAUUAAAUUUUUAAUUUGUAACAAAUUUCUGAUUGUAAUAUAAAUUUAAAUUGAAUCGUAAUUUGUAAAGAACGUUAUGGUGCAUUAUUUUAA